AUGAGUGCUCUCAAUUUCAAAGCUGCCGGCAAUAGUAAUGGAACCGCAGGAGCACUACCUAUACAACAACUUCCUCCGGCGGUCCCGGCUGCCACGGCGCCCGCGAAGCAUUUUGCGGAACAGGGCUACUUGCGGCGCAGCCAGCUGUUGAUUCACCACGAGACGAAUUUGACGAUGUGCCUGAUGUUUCUGACCAGCAUCAUGUUUGCGUGGUACGGCAUUCGGCAGGCGGUCAGCACGUACAAAGUGACCCCCCGGGCGCGGGACCUGAUGCGGCGGUUCGGGUUUUUCGAUUAUUUAGACCACGGGGGGACGGCGGACGAGAAGGCAACGUGCUUACGCCUGAUUUUGUCCCACAGCUCCAAAGACCUCUCCACCAUCAUUGCGGACUGCAGCCACGUGCCCGGGCAAGUGCUCACCGCGUGUCUGUACAUCGCGUCGAUCCUGGUUACCACGGUGGAUUUCAACAUCAUCAACUACGCGCGGACGGACGGGACCUGGUUUCUGUACGUCGCCGUAAACUGGAUCCGGAAGUGCAGUUUGCUGUGUUUGAUUAUGGUCCUCGCAUUCCCCUUACCCAAAGACGACCAGUUCUGGACGAUUUGCGCGGUAUCGAGUGCAAAAAUGUCUUGGUCUGGAAAAAUUGGAAUCUGUAAUGCGUGUCCUCCACUCCUGUAAAAUCUAAAUCUGUUGUAUUGCGCGACCGACAAAAGCGCGAAUUCUUUGUCAUGCAAAAACGCAGUUUCUCAUGCGGAUUACACAUGAGACGGCGACCUGAAAAUUUGUCAUGCUUGGCUGCACUCAGGGGUGUGCUCAGUCAUCGCCACUUGGCACCAGAAAUUUCCAGACCCAGAUAUAUUUGCAAUGCAUACGCGGAGUCGCACGACAAAAAGCAGAUGGACCGCAAGGAGAUCCGGAAAAAUAUGGCGUUCUCAACUGUUACAUUCUCAAGUGUUACAUGGAUUUGUCAUGCAAGAAUGGGAAAAGUGAAAGGAGGAAGAUUGCGCCUUUUGCAUUACAAGUUUGGCGCAGAUUUAGAUGCUGUUUAGCCCUUCCGAUAUUUGUCAUGCGAAGCAGCUCGAUCAUCUGCCAGCUGAAGGCACUUUUGCAUGACAAAUCCAUGUAACGGUUGAGAAUGUAACGUUUGAGAGCGCCAUAAAAAACAUCCGGAACCGAACAGUCGAGCCUUUCGUGAAGUGCCAGUGGCACAACCUCGCGGCCUGUUCCGUCGCGACCCUGACGCCGAUCAACCUGUUGAUGUUGGUCAUCGACUUUGUGCACUUCUUUUCCGAGAUCCCCUUCUACCAAAACAGCUUUUCCCAGGCGGACACGAAGGCGGAAUUGUAUGAAUUUCUCAAGGACGGGACGGUCCGGGGGGAAGCGAAGGUGCCUGUGAU